GUCACUUCCGGGCUCAGAUUACCGAGCAGCAGCACGAGCGGACCGACCGGAGCGGCUGCGGGAUCCGGCUGCCAGGCUGCUGCACACCGCGUCGCCUGCCCGCCGCUGUCCGAGCUCCGCGGGACACAAACACCGCGAGAAGUGACGAGGACCUGUGGAGCUGUUACCGAAGAGAAGUAUAACCACCAACAGGAGAAGGCGCCUCCAAGAUGAAGCUGAAGGAGGACCUGAACCCCAUGCUCCUUCUCCUCUUCCACCUCAUGGUGUGGAUCUACACCUCCAUCACCUUCUUGCCCUCCUACCUUCUCAGCUGGAUAUCCGGCCCCGACCCGGGCUUCGGCGGCUCAGAGGAAGACCGAGCCCGCAGAAUGAAGGCCCGCUCGGUGUCGGGAAGCCCUGAGGGUCCCUACCGGGCUGUGAGCUCCACCAAAAGGCUGGUGACAUCGAUGCACCUCGGGGUGGACACCCUGGAUAAGGUGUUUGAGUACGCGGCUCAGAGGUUCCCCUACAGAGACUGUCUGGGUACCAGGGAGGUGAUCAGCGAGGAGGAUGAACGACAGAACAACGGGAAGGUGUUUAAAAAGGUGAUCCUGGGUGAGUACCGCUGGCUUUCUUACGAGGAGACCCACUCAGCAGCAUCGCGGCUCGGCAGCGGGCUGUCAUCGCUGGGGCAGAGGCCAAAGAACAACAUCGCCAUCUUCUGUGAGACCCGGGCCGAGUGGAUCAUAGCCGCCCAGGCCUGCUUCAUGUACAACUUUCCAUUGGUCACCCUCUACUCUACUCUGGGUGGUCCGGCCAUCGCUCAUGGGCUGAACGAGGCCCAGGUCACACACAUCAUCACCAGCCGAGAGCUGCUGGAGACCAGACUCAAGGCCAUCCUACGUGAGGUUCCCAGGCUGCAGCAUAUUAUUGUAGUGGACAACACACCUACAACGUGGCUGGGCUACCCACGAGGCAUCAGUGUUCACAACAUGUCGGCGGUUCAGGAGCUGGGAGCGAAACCUGAGAAUGUGGCGCGUGGGCGACAACAGCCGCUGCCCUCCGACAUCGCUGUCAUCAUGUACACCAGCGGCUCCACAGGUAUCCCAAAGGGCGUCAUGAUCUCCCACAGCAACAUCAUCGCCGGCAUCACAGGAAUGGCCGAGAGGAUACCCAAUCUGAGCGAAGAGGACACCUACAUCGGCUACCUGCCUCUGGCCCACGUCCUGGAGCUGAGUGCUGAGCUUGUGUGUGUUUCCCACGGCUGUAGGAUCGGCUACUCCUCACCUCAGACUCUGGCUGACCAGUCAACCAAAAUCAAGAAGGGGAGCAAAGGAGACACCAGCGUCCUGCAGCCCACCCUGAUGGCAGCUGUCCCGGAGAUCAUGGAUCGUAUCUAUAAAAAUGUGAUGACCAAGGUGGAGGAGAUGAACCAUGUCCAGCGAACACUAUUUACUCUGGCAUACAACUACAAACUGGAGCAGCUUGCCAAAGGAUACAGCACACCUCUGUGUGACAAGCUGGUGUUCAGGAAAGUGCGCUCCCUGCUGGGUGGUCGGACACGGGUGCUGUUAUCGGGUGGCGCGCCGCUGUCAGCUGCCACUCAGCGCUUCAUGAACGUGUGUUUCUGCUGCCCGGUGGGACAAGGCUACGGCCUGACUGAGACCUGCGGCGCUGGAACCAUCAGCGAGCUGUGGGAUUACAGCACUGGGAGAGUGGGAGGGCCACUGGUUUGCUGUGAGAUCAAGCUCAAAGACUGGGUGGAGGGUGGUUACCGUAGCACUGACAAGCCCCACCCACGAGGAGAGAUUCUGAUUGGGGGGCCCAACGUGACCAUGGGAUACUAUAAGAACCAGGCCAAAAACCAAGAGGACUUCUGUGUGGAUGAGAACGGCCAGCGGUGGUUCUGCACAGGAGACAUCGGAGAGUUCCACGAUGAUGGAUGUCUCAAGAUAAUUGAUCGUAAGAAAGACUUGGUGAAGCUGCAGGCAGGAGAGUAUGUGUCCCUGGGGAAGGUGGAGGCCAUGUUGAAGAACUGCCCUCUGGUCGACAACAUCUGUGCCUACGCCAACAGUGAUGAGACCUACGUGAUCGGCUUUGUGGUGCCCAAUCAGAAGCAGUUGUUGGCUCUGGCUGACCAGUAUCGUAUCCGAGGCUCAUGGGAGGAGCUCUGCAACAAUAAGGCUAUGGAGGAGCUGGUCCUUAAGGUCAUCACCGAAGCUGCUCUUGCAGCCCAACUAGAGCGAUUUGAAAUCCCUCGCAAGAUCCGUCUGAGCCCAGAGCCAUGGACCCCUGAGACAGGACUCGUGACUGACGCCUUCAAGCUCAAACGCAAGGAGCUGAAAACCCACUACCAGGCCGACAUUGAGAGAAUGUAUGGUGGGAAGUAGCUAGCAAAGACCGCCGCAGCGUGAUUCUUCGUCCAAGCACAGACCAACACUUGACUCGGAAACACUCCCUUUACACCCUCCAUCCUCCUCCCUGUCUAACAACAAAAGCCACAAUGACUUGAAUCUUUGGUAAAUCGUAUUUCUCCUAAGACCAAAAAGAAACUUAAUGAGAUCAAGAGACCAAUGUUCCCCUUUGCUGUGCACACAUUAACCAGUUCUAUUUUGGAAGCAGCUUUUACUUGAAUUUCUAAUUGAUGGAUAUUGCUCAGCUUUGAAGACGGGUAAAAAAAAAAAAAAAAAAAAAGUACUUAAAAUACAAAGUGCUGAAGGAAAAUGGUAUAAAAUGUCCCUGUCCAGUGCUGCCUUUCCCUUUUUAUCCAGGUGUGUGUCCUCUUUGAGGAGAUCUUUAUUUUCCAGAUGCGGGUUAUGAAACAGAAUGUGUUUAGUGAAGUCGUCUGUUGAACUCUUGUCUGAGUGCCAAAGCAGAAGCUCAUGUUGGGGGGAACACGUUUGCUUUCGUUGCUUUUCUGUGCCCAUCAGCCUUGCUGUGUCGAAUUUGGAUGUCAACCUGUGAGACACUCUAGAAAGGUUACAGUAUGUCAAAGAAAUUUCUCUAUUCGUUAUUGGGUGAUCAUCUUUUCUUCUCCUAUUGUCGUGUUUUUCAUUUCGGAACCGAGUUCUGCCUAGCGACAGGUUGUGUUUCCUGCAGGUCAGGAAACGGUUAGUUCCUCUUGUUUCUUUUUGUUCUCCUCUUGUUUUUGAGUUCUGUGAAAGGUUUAUUUUGUUUCCCACCCACAGUCAGGCUUUGACUCUGAAGCUCAUGGGACGCCGCUCCCAUCAGCACAUCUGACUCCACAAGUACGAAGUCAUCUGAGGGCAUUUGAGAAGGGGUUGGUAAAAUGCCACAGUCAUACCUGGGCUAAUGAAAGCUACCUUGUCAUCAUCAACAUUAAUGAUUUGAUAUGAUUCUUAUGUAGGACCAUAAUGUACUAGUUACUGUAUGAAGGUUGGAAAAAAGAUGCACUGUUGUUUAGUCUGUUUGGGUUUCCUAUAGUGGAACGUCUGCACACUGUCCAAAACACAGUGUGCACUUACUUUUGCUUAUAUUACAGCUGGAAUUACUGUUUAACCAUGGCUGUACUUAUUUAAAAAAGACACUGUGUAAUACAAAAUUUUAACAUUUCUAUCCAAAUAAGGCAUUUGAUUACAGAGAAGAAAGGCUGGCAACAAAACUCUCAGUACACUUAAAUGCACUUGUUGAAAAAAUUUGCACACUUUUACAAGUGCAGCCUCUGUGCAUCUGGCUCACAUUUAUUGUGUUUGUCAUCGCCUAUUUUAUAGCCUUGUGUUAUUUCAUAAUCUGCAUGUGUGUGACUGAGGGUGAGGCCUCCCAAGUGCACACACAAUUUCCAUACACAGCACAAACAUGACUCCAGCAUCCCUCACAAUGUGACACCUGCUGCCUUUUCUUGUGCUUCUGGGUCAAUUCAACCUAACAACUUUUGAGGUAUUCUAAACAAAACUGCACAGCCAUGGAGGACGGUGUUUCUAGACGAUGUGUUGAGCUCUUACCUAGAAAUGACGCACCUUUUCUAAUCCCGGGUUAAUUUUGUCUCUCCUUGACUGUAAAUACAAUGUGUGUGUGUGUGUGUUUGUGUGUGUGCGUGUGCGUGUGGAGUUGUGAUCACCAGUGAAAGCAAAUGUAUAGUCUCUAUUUUAACUCUAUUUAAGCUUUAUUAUCAUAGACCAGUUUUGGAGCUCCUCUCCCACUCUAUGUGGGGAACCUGCCUUGUAACAUAAGUGCAUCCAACUGUAUUUAUUUGUAAUUUGCCAUGGGAAAUGAUCAAAUGAGGUAAAUAAAGAUUGUGUUUGGUCUUUGCA